AGCCUGUAAUGUGCAAUAAUUAUAUUUCGUUGAUAUAAUUAAUUAUUUCUAAUAAAGCUUCGUCGUCCACCUUGGACCACACACAGAUCCGAAUACUACGUGAAGACCAGAUCAGUAGAAACAUUAAACUUACAAAAAUUUAAACCAAAAAUAAAAUUUUUAAAAAUAUAAAUUUUUCUAUUCAACUUCAAAUGUUAAACGCCAUUGAUAAAUGCUUCUAAAACAUAGAUUUUCAGAUCAGCCUUUCUCUCCUCAUCGGGAGUUCGAGCCUGCCUUCUACGGUUGAUCUUUAUUGGAGAAAUGAUAUUAUUUAAUUAAUUGCUUCGAUCAACGACUCUACGAGGCUUGCAGUGAUUGAAGCGCUGAAAAUAAAGUUUAUGAGAAAGGAUUAAAUAUGACGGAGACCGAUGAAAAUGAUGGAGGGCAGUCUGUUGUUAGAGAAAUUUCGGCCAAUGGAAAUCGCAUGGAAACAACUGAACUGGAGGCCAAACUCGACCAAGGGAAUAUUGACGAGGCUGAAUCUUCUCUGCGUGAAGGCUUGUCGCUUAAUUCAGAGGAAGCAAGAGCUCUUCUUGGAAGGUUGGAAUACCAAAGAGGCAAUUUAGAAAGUGCCCUACGUGUGUUUGAUGGCAUUGAUCUUGAAGCUGCCAUACAACGGCUGCAGCCAACCCUUUCUGACAAGCCAUCCAAAAAGGGCCGCACUCAUAGUGACUCACCUAAUACCGUCUCACAACAUGCUGCCAGCCUAGUGCUUGAGGCAAUAUACUUAAAGGCCAAGUCUCUUCAAAAACUUGGGAGAUUAACUGAGGCUGCUAAUGAAUGUAAAAGUGUGCUUGAUGCUGUUGAGAGUAUAUUUCAACAGGGUAUACCUGAUGUUCAAGUGGAUAGUAGAUUGCAAGAGACGGUAAGCCGAGCUGUGGAGCUUCUUCCAGAGCUCUGGAAGCAGGCAGGUUGCAAUCAGGACGCAAUUUCUGCUUAUAGGCAUGCCCUUCUUAGUCAGUGGAAUCUUGAUAAUGACUGCUGUGCAAGGAUUCAAAAAGGAUUUGCACUGUUUUUGUUGCACAGUGGAGUGGAGGCUGGUCCACCCAGUUUAGGUUCUCAGAUUGAUGGUGCAUAUGUACCCAAAAAUAAUUUGGAAGAGGCAAUUUUACUUUUAAUGAUUAUAAUGAGGAAAUAUUUCCUUGGUAAUAUCAAAUGGGAUCCAUCAGUGAUGGAGCACCUAACAUUUGCACUCUCUUUGUGCAGCAAAACUUCUAUUAUAGCAAAGCAACUUGAAGGGACGAUGCCUGGAGUAUAUCCACGUUCUUACUGUUGGAAUGCUUUAGCCCUUUGCUACAGUGGAGUAGGAGAAAAUAGCACCGCCUUGAAUCUUUUGAGAAAAUCUCUACACAAACAUGAGCACCCUGAUGACCUUAUGGCACUGUUGUUGGCUGCCAAGAUCUGCAGUGAGGAUUCUCAUCUUGCAGCUGAGGGGGUGGGAUAUGCGAAGAGUGCUAUCAAUAAUGCUAAGGGGAAGAAUGAGCAUUUAAAGGGUGUAGGCCUUCAGAUGAUGGGCCUCUGCCUGCGAAAGCAAGCUAAAAUCUCUUCCUCUGACUAUGAAAGGUCUCAUCUGCAGUCUGAGGCAUUAAAAUCAUUGGAGCAAGCACUAUCUUAUGAGCACAACAAUAUGGAGAUAAUUUAUGAUUUAGGAGUUCAGUAUGCAGAGCAAAGAAAUUUGAAUGCUGCUUUGCGUCAUGCAAAGCAGUUCAUUGAUGCCACAGCCGGCUCGUUAUUAAAAGGAUGGAGAUUGCUUGCUCUAGUUUUGUCUGCUCAACAGCGAUUCUCUGAGGCUGAGGUUGUAACUGACGCUGCUUUAGAUGAGACCACAAAGUGGGAGCAAGGAUCUAUGCUUAGGUUGAAAGCAAAGCUGAAGAUAGCCCAGUCACUCCCCAUGGAUGCUAUUGAAACAUACCGCUAUCUCCUAGCAUUGCUUCAGGCCCAAAAGAAAUCUUUUGGUCCUUACUCCACUGUUUUACAGCUUGACAAUGAUAAAGUCAAUGAGUUUGAAGUUUGGUAUGGCCUUGCGAAUUUGUACUCGAAGCUUUUACAUUGGAAGGAUGUUGAGCUAUGUAUGGGAAAAGCAAAAGAGCUGAAGCGGUACUCAGCAGAAAUGCUGCACACAGAAGGUGUUCUGCAUCAAGGAUGUGGGAAUAUGGAUGAAGCUCUAUCUGGUUAUAUUAAUGCUAUUUUCUUGGAUCAAUCUUUUGUGCCUAGCAAAAUACUGCUUGGUGAUAUUUUGUCCAAGAAUGGCUCAAAGGCACUGCCUGUGUCAAGAAGCUUACUCUCAGAUGCGUUAAGGAUAGAACCUACCAAUGCAAUGGCUUGGUUCUACUUGGGGGUCAUUCAUAGGGAUGAUGGACGAAUAGCUGAUGCAGCAGACUGCUUCCAGGCAGCCACCAUGCUUGAAGAAACUAACCCUGUUGAAAGCUUCAGUUCUCUUGUUUGAUUGACUUCCAUUAAUCGAAGGUUUGCAUAUCUUAUUGCAUAGAUGUUCAUGAAAAUGUGAGGGAAGAAUGGAGUAAGUUAUUUAAUUUGAUCUAGGGAAACAAGAAUAGAAAUGACAUUAAAAUUAGUUAUUCAAUCUGAUUAUAGCAGAGCUACUGGUAAAAAGGUUUAGACGGGGUUUCUUAAUUAUCUACCAUAUCGGUCAGUGGCCAUGUAAAUUUUGUUUUUUCAAAAAAGCAAUUGCUGCAAAAUAUAAUUACAUAUUUUUUUCA